AUGCUGCGGCCUGGGUUGUUUGUGCACCCAACGGUGCGACAUCUGAUCACGACAAACAAAAAAAGAGAAAAUCGGAGUGAACGCCAACCUUAUCAAGAAACCCACCUCGCCUCCUUUUUCCCCCACAGCAGAAAAAUAGCCGCGAAUCGAAUGACAGAAAAAUUUGGAAGCCAGGAAUCAGACGCCCUGAUCGGCAACGAAGCGAAGACCCCACGCGGAUUCUGGAGCCAUCGCGAAUGGGGUGUCGAAAUCAAGGUGAGAGGUGGUGAAGGGAGAAGAGAGAGGGGCUGAGUGGACGUUGAAGGGACGAUUGCUGAUGGUUCGAUGGGAUUCUGAAGACAAAGAAGAUUCAGAAGAGAGAUGAUGAUGAGAAAUAAACAUACAAGUCUUGUUGAAUAAAGGCGGGAAUUAACGUUAAAAGUUGCCAUUUGUCGUAAAACUGAGCAAAAAAUCAUACAAUCUUCAAAAUUCAAAGAUCUCAAGUCACCAUAACCUCAAAAACCCCUCUGCCGACUCCAGAAGCGCAGAUCCGGUCGGAAGGCGAGCCGCACGGACCGGGCCAGUACCGGCCGCCACCGAUUUGCGAAGCGUUUUGGCAAAAGAAGCCGCCACGAAGAAGGGGCCCAGUACUCGAACAGGUGCACCCGCUGAAUCGCCGGGAACAGAGAUUUUCUUCCGUUGGACACGACACACGAGAAGACGAAGUGAGCGGACAGGAGGAAAAGGAGGGGGGAAGCAGAAGAAGAAGCAGGGGGCAGAACGUGGGGACCGCCGCGGCACCACACCUCCACUCACUCACUCUCAGCCCCCCAAAACCAACCACUCCGAUGAAAGCAAGAAGACCAAGGAGAAGACGGACGGACGGACGACGCAACGGCCCCACCUCCACAAAUCCGCUUCGGUCCGGCCUGGGGUUUCAGGCCAGCGCCGGGAAAUCUCCCCUCCUCUCCGCACCCUCAAAAUGAUGGCCCCGACCCGACUUCAGAUCUCAGCGCUUUGCAAGCUGAUCCGCGACGCUAUAGCCUCAGUGCGGCCUCGGAUCGCGUGCUGCGUCGGAUCAGGCGGCGAACGAAGCGGCCUGACGUCAGAAUCUCGACCAAUAAACAAAAUCUGGUCGGCUGCACGCAAAAACAAUCUCCUUUGUUUUGAACGUACUCAAUGCAAGCGGAUUUGCGUUGAAAACGGGCUAGACCAAAAGAUUCUGCGAUUUUGACGCUAGAAAUGGAUUUUUAAUAACAGGAAGCUUAAUAGCAGAAUCUGCGAGCAAUGAGGUGCCAUCAUUACCUCUAACCUUUCACAGGGCGGGUUGCGCAAUUAGGUAGAUAAAAGCGUUCGGUCGCGCUAAUUCUCCGCGCACCUAAUAAUUUCUGUGGCAUUCAUUAUUUUGCGUUGGGUUGGCUCAGGAAAUCCGGGAUCAGGUCGACUCUACGGUAGGCCGAAGACUUGGAAAUAUGAAUUUUUUUAAGAGAAAUAGGUGCUGAGAGUUGAUCAAAGACAAAAAUGAUGACUAAAUUGAAAUAAAGAGGUAUUUCGCAGUGAUUUUUGAGAAUUCUGAAAAAAUUAAUGUCUUAAUUACUCCAAAAAGGGUGGAUUAAUAAUGAGUAAUUAAGAUAAUGAUAACUAUCGUGAGGUUCUUAUAGGUUCCUGGCUUUUCUUGCAUUCGUAGGCAUCUGUUUUCAACACAAUUUCUGAUUUAUCCGAUUGCUCAAAGACAGAUGCAUUUUUGGUUUCCCGAAGCCAUGAUCAAUUAACCCCUCGCAUAUGCAGAUGCUGAAGCCCCUCGGUGACGAAACCCGAAUAUGCAACGAAAGAGACGCGAAAAUUAAGCGGACCUCACUGCCCCAGCCGAAGGGGGGCAAGGCGGCGGAGAAGACAGGAGGUGGAGAAGCCGGGUAAUCAGCGACAACACCGUGCAGAAGAAGCCCCAGCGGUCCAGGCCCCGCACCACCGCCCCACAAGAGCCUUGAACAAACAGAGAAUCGAGGAGAGGCGAAACAAAAAUCAGUCCGCCCUAACGGUGCGGGGGGCGCGUGAGGCCCGGACGUCGUCGUCACAGCACCCACGACCCCCACACUGAAUCCCCGCACGCUGAAGAGUGUGGGGCCCUGAAGUGGCCGGCUGAUAGGAGUCUGGCGAACCGAAGUCAGACGUCGCGCAAAUACAGCACACAAUGGGCGGGAGUGGGAUAUCAUGUGUUGUUACAGAAGUGAAAGGGGAUACAGAUGGGGCGCUAGACAACGGAUGGAUGGGUUGAGAUGGAAGGGAGUGGAGUUUGAGAAGGUGAAGUCAUCAGCGUUAGACGGAAAAAUCAGAGAACAUAUUGUUUGACAAACGGAUUAUUUUGUGAAGUAUGUAUUCAGAAGUCUUUGAGUCAUCUUAAAAUAAAUAUCUAGAAAUGACGAUCAAGUUUAAACUCAUUCUUGGUCGUUAUAAUCACGGAAUAAAAGACUAGUCAUAUAGCGAAACCACUCUAUAACAGACUAUUGUAGAAGUCUUAGACGGUGAUUUUAGACUAUCAGUCUGUCGGGAAUAUAAUGAAAAAAAUAUCGCCAAUCACAUCGCUGAAGUGAAAAGCAAUUUGAUUUUGCUACAAAAAAGUUCAUUGUCUCGCCGGCGAUGCGAUUUUCGAUGCGACAUAGAGUUCAUUAUUUUCCCGACAGACUGAUAACCCACUCUCUCUAGGUUAAAGUUCUUCUAUAACAAACUGUUCUCAUCAUAGCCAGAUCCCACUGCAGUCUAAUCAAAAAAUCUCAACCGCUCUCCACGGUCCCACUUUUCGAAACUAACCCAGUCGUCUCAUCUGAAUCCCCGACCUUGCCCGUCAACCCCCACCUACUCUUCUGUCAUCACAACAUCUGCUGCUGCAACCGUCGGCUUGCCUUAAUUCCAGCGGGAAAGUGGUGGAAGAGGAAACCGGCCCGGUGCACGCAACGAUUCCAUCGUUGAGCGGCUUUGUCACCACGGAAACCGACUUCAGCCGAAGAACCGCCGCCAUUCCGCUCCACACACGGCUUCUGCUCGGAUUUUCUCCGACGACACCGCAGCCGCCACCGCUUCUCUGUGGUGCCGCCAAAUCCAGCUUCCCGUUGUCCGCCGCUCCUCCGAAUUAA